GUUCUAUAUGUAUAGGUUUGUCAUAGGAGAACGAGCGCCGCCGGAAGUCUCCAGGAGAGGAGUCGUCUAUCGGGAGUUCCUCGAGAGCCAGACAUGGCGUUGAGCCGCGGCAUCCGAUCCGGGUUGAAGCUUUUGUCGCACUCCGAAGCCGCCCUUCCCAGAUCAGUGACCCAUGAAUUCCAUGCGACGAGCAUGAAGAGAAUGGGAGGGCAUGGCCAUGAUGAGCCCUUCUACGUUCAUGCUAAACACAUGUAUAACCUGGAUCGCAUGAAGCAUCAGAAGCUAAAGGUGACUCUGGGUGUGCUAUCUGCAUUCAGCAUCGGUGUGGUAGUUCCGAUUUAUGCAGUUAUUUUCCAGCAGAAGAAAGCUGCCUCUGGAUGAGAUUUGCAUGCAACCUAGGAAAAAUAAUGACUUUUGCUUGAUUUCCUCUGGUAUUUGUUUGCUGGAGACAUUUGCCUUUCCAUCGAUUUCUUAUGUUCUGCUCUAAAAAUUGAAAACAGAUUCCCAUAGUCUAUUGUGACGUGGUGAUUGUUUGCUUUUUUCUUCUUUGAUAAGGAAGGUUGGGUUUGUCUUUCAUCAGUUUGAUGCUUGUGAUGAAUGGAGGCAUCUGAUGCUUUCAUCUUUGCGACGACUUUGUCAUUUAGGAGACUUGCAAUUGUUAUCCCAUAGUGUUGCUUUACUAAGUAUUCAGUUAAUGGAGUGUUUUAAUGCAUA